AUGUCGAGCUCGUUGAGAAACGCGGUGAAGCGCAAGACGCACAAGGAGCGAGCGCAGCCGAGCGAACGCAAGCGAUACGGGUUGCUGGAGAAGAAGAAGGAUUACGUGUUGCGAGCGAGGGAUUAUCACAAGAAGGAGGAUGCGAUCAACGCGCUGAAGCGAAAGGCGGCGUACAGGAACCCGGAUGAGUUUUAUUUCGCCAUGCAAAAGACGAAGACGGAGGACGGCGUGCACGUGGCGAGGACGACGGAGCAGAAUAAGUACACGGAGGAAGAGUUGAGGGUGAUGAAGACGCAGGACGUGAAGUACGUGCAACUCAAGGCUGGGGUCGAGGCGAAGAGGGUGGAGAAGUUGAAGCGGAACCUGCACAGCAUCGGCGCGCCGGCGAAACGUAAGCACACUGUGUUCGUGGACACGGAGGAGGAUGCGAAGAAUUUCGACGCGGCAGAGCACUUUGACACCGAGCGCGAGCUCGUCGGACGCGCGUUCAAUCGGCCACGUCGGUCGCAACUGGAGGAUGAAGAUGCAGUGGUUGGCCUGCGAAACACCGGUGACGCCGGCACGAGCGGCGGAACGACGGCUACGGUUUCCAUGAAGAAACUCGCUCGCAUGCAAAAGGGCGCUUACAAGACGUACACGGCGUACGAUGAGCGUGCGAAGAAGUUAAAGGGUAUGACAGAGGACAUGGCGAUGCAGAAAGUGAUUUCAUAUGACAGGGGUCACAAGACGAAGAUUACAAAGACGAAUCCCGACGGCACAACGACGACGUACUUCAAAUGGAAGCAGCAGCGUAAAAAGUGA